AUGAAUCCGCACCACCACCCUGUUGAUUCUCUCUUUGGGUGCCCUGUAUGCAGCAGCCGACUCAAGAAUCCAGUAACGCUAUCGUGCGGUUAUACAGUGUGUAAACAUUGUUUGCCCUCCCAACUAUCAACUGGAAUUGCUGGUGGUACGAUGUCCACCCAAGAACAGCGCACUUUUAUUUGUCCGGUAACGGCCUGUCAACAGCGCGCACAUCUAUUUGGGCGUGAUCGGGAGAUCCAUGUUGACACUGUGAUCGAUGCAUUAAUCUCAGCCGAAGCCUACUAUGAUGUAUCAAGAAUGCAACAACGAUGGCCGAUGGUUAAGAAGCGACGCAUAGAAAAGAAUAUGGAUGAUGGGGAUGAUCGACAUGACCACCUCCUUGAAUGUCCUAAAUGCAGCAACAUGUUCUCGGAUCCUAUCACCACGCAUUGUGGGCAUGUCUUUUGCAAAGUGUGUUUGUUGAAGCUUGCAAUACAGGGUGAGCCCUGCAUUAAAUGUCACAAUCCUUUGCCCCGCUUCAAUCAUUUCUUGAAUCAAGCAGCCGUUAAUCGUAUUUUGCAGCAAAUGCUAAACAAUAGCGGCGUUUCAUCAGCACCAUCAUCAUCAUCAUCAUCAUCAUCUUCGCUCCUCAUAGCCGUAUCACAGCAACCGAUGCCUGUAUUUGUCACUGGCUUGGUGAUAUUACCAAGGCAACAUGCAAGGCUACCAAUCUAUGCCCCAGCACAUAUACGCAUGUUCCGUGAAGCUGUUUUUGGUGAUCGACAACAAGGCAAACUAUACCUCGCAACCGUUCAUCGUGGUAGGCCAUCAAUGGCACACUAUGGAACCAUUGUUGAAAUUGUAUCGAUUGAAACUCCACAUGCAUCGCAUUCACUCGACCAUGGCAUGGUACUUGAUGUAGUGGGAUGUGAACGAUUUACAGCCUCCGAUGCUGCAGCGGCAACAACAGGGAUGUCAUACGACAUAUCAAUGCUGACAGCCUAUUGCUCAUCGAUACCUAACGACAGCAACAUCAUGAGGGAUGACGAACGUGUAGAUGAGAUUCGUCGCUUUUUGAGCGAGAUUGCACAUCAUCCACCACCAGCUAUCGAAUGGGGCACGCUUUGGUUUGACACAAUGGAGCGUAUCCAUGGUCAUUUGCCUCCACGCCAUGCACCUGUUGAAGACCAACUAUGGUGGACAGCGAUUGUGUUACCUGUCAGUGCCACGGAGCGAUACAGCCUUCUUUGUAUCGUGCCACUGGAUGCACGCCUCAGCUUAGUCCUCUCUUGGACACGACAACUUAGGGAACAAUGGUCUACUCAACACCAGCAAUAA